CCAUGGCCAUCACGCCGGCUCCCCACUCCGCAUGAACCAUCCUCCAUUGGGCAUUUAACCGUUGACCAUUGUUCUGCCCAUCAUAAUCACCCUCCCCCCAGGCGGUCGCCUCUUAGCUGCAGCGCUGUCGUCGGCGUGCACUCUGGCUGCUCUCCCUUCUUCUUCCUCUUUAUCAUCGCACAUCAAUGGCUGCGUCCUGCCGUUGAUGUCUCUGCCCCUCCAUGGCUGCUUUCCCGAUUGCCUGCCGAGGACCGACCUGAGAACAACGUGAUGAGGGGAUGUCUCACCUGCCGUCAACGCCAUCUCAAAUGUGACAAGACUGGGUCCUCGUGCUUGCGAUGCCAGCGAUCGGGGCGACAGUGCAUCCCGGCGCCCACGAAGACAGAAGAGGUCACUUUUCGACACGGGCAGAACCCAUCGCUGCGGCCAAAGGGCCCUCCUCGUUACGGAGAGAGCAACCUCGCAUUCCCUACCGAUCAGGUAUGGGUUGGGAUGCCCGCUCAUGUUUCCUUCGAGGACGAGACAGACCGUACAGCCGCCGACUACCACGUCAUUCCAGUAAACGCAUCUCCAUCUUCCCGGAAGGCCGCAUCUAAACAUCGGCCCUUGGCCUCCAUGGCAGCACCAAGGUCGUCGGAUGACCUGCAUCCUGUGCUUUCUCCGAAUGACGCGACACCAUCAAGAACCUUCAAUGCGCAGCACCUCGAUCCCGUCGAUAUACCUUUCGCGUUUGAUGAACUCAGCAAUCUACAGAAAGUGAAGAGUUUUAACGAAGCUUUCCUCCUUCGACACUUCCGAAAAACGCUCGGCCCAUGGUUGGAUAUUUGCGACCAUGAGAGGCAUUUCUCAUUGGAUGUGGUUGAACGAGCGCCCGCAAAUCCCCUCCUACUAUACGCAUGUCUAGCCAUAGCGGCUCGUCACCUCUCCCACACGAGUCACACCAUUCCCCCGAAUACUGCGGAUGAAUAUCAUGAGCGAUGCAUCGGGAUACUCCUCCCACUUCUGGAAAAUAGACAGGCCGAAAUCAGUAUCGAUAUUCUUCUUGCCUCCACUGUUAUACUGCGCUUCUUUGAGCAAAUUUCCUCUCAUAACCCAUCGAAUGACCUCCAACGACACCUUUUAGCUGGUUCCGUAUAUAUCAGCUCUCAAGUCGAAUGUGCUACUUCAGGCGGACUUGCGGAAGCUUCGUUCUGGGUUUUUGUGAUGCAAGAUAUACAGUUCGCAUUAGCCUAUCAGAAACCCCUGCGAUUGACAUUGAGUCCAUUUGGAGAAAGGUUGCACCACUUGUGGGAACAUACAUCGACCCAAACUGAUCGAGAUUGGACGCAUAGAGCCAUUUGGCUUCUGGCAGAGACGAUCAAUCACUGCUACGGCGUGAGCCAAUCGUUGCAUAUUGAAGUAGUCAGUAUGAGCGCCCUGAAACAAAAGAUUCAUGCCUGGGAUAUAGGCAAACCAGACAGCUUUCGACCACUGCAUCACUCAGCUGCAGACCCAAGGAUUGGAAGACCGUUCCCCGUGGUUUGGUUUACCAAGUCCCUACAUGCUACUGCAGUACAGCAUGUUUGCAUGGCCAAGGCUCUGAUCCAGCAGCAGGAACUCAGAGACUUUUACUCGGCUCCUAGUCCACGGCAAGAUAUCCAGAUAAUUGAGAGAUAUAUGAUGAGGAGUCUAGGCAUCCUCUUUGGAAUCGCACUGUCAGGUGAUGAUGAGACAUCUCUGCGCAUCAUGGCAUGUCAUGCCCUGUGUGCUUGUGGCUCUUGGAUUCGGGACCCUCUAGCGCAGACAUGCCUGCUGGAUCUUCUCCGAAGAACCGAGGCUGAGAAUGGCUGGCCAUGGUCAUUUAUGGUUCAUAAGCUAAGCCAGGAUUGGCGUCUGGCGGUAAGAUAGAAGCAGGGAUUCAGUUCGUCCAAACCAUUCGAUAGGGUCCACUCAAUCAUGCCACGAGAUCGUUGGGGUAAUUGGCAAUUGCUCCAAUAUUUCGAACUCUGCUGCCACCGCGGCCUCUCGCAAGGCUUGACCGCUGUUUCCUACAGAAUUCGGUGGCUCGCUGCGAAACUUG